AAAAGGAAAAGAGACAAGAAAGCAGUGUGUGAUUGCUAAACCUUAAACCCUAAUUUUGAAUCAGAGUAAAGAUAGAAAAGUUGAUGGGCCGGCGAAAGAGCAACAAUAAUCAGUGUUCCUCUAGCAAGGAAGACGCCACCAUGAGUAACCACCUUCGCUUUGAGGAUGCCGAGGAGGCUGUUGAAGAGAGUUCCAACCUCGACCAAUCCAUGUGUGACAUCGAUGAAUCCGAUGAUAAAACCAGUGCCGACUACUAUUUUGAUUCCUACUCUCAUUUUGGAAUUCAUGAAGAAAUGUUGAAGGACACUGUAAGAACUAAGACAUAUCAAAAUGUUAUUUACCAGAAUAAGUUUCUAUUCAAGAAUAAAGUAGUUCUUGAUGUUGGAGCUGGGACUGGGAUUUUAUCACUAUUUUGUGCCAAAGCGGGGGCAGAACAUGUCUAUGCGGUUGAGUGCUCCCAUAUGGCUGACAUGGCAAAGGAGAUUGUUGAAACUAAUGGUUUCUCUAAUGUUGUGACUGUUCUGAAGGGGAAGAUUGAAGAAAUUGAGCUUCCAGUUCCUAAAGUUGAUAUAAUAAUUUCAGAAUGGAUGGGAUAUUUCUUGUUGUUCGAGAACAUGUUAAAUUCUGUGCUCUAUGCACGUGACAAAUGGCUUGCGGAUGAUGGAGUUGUGUUACCUGAUAGAGCAUCCCUUCAUCUCACUGCCAUUGAAGAUGCAGACUACAAAGAAGAUAAAAUUGAGUUUUGGAACAAUGUAUAUGGAUUUAACAUGAGCUGCAUCAAGAAGCAAGCCAUAAUGGAGCCUCUUGUUGACACAGUUGACCAGAAUCAGAUUGCUACAAAUUGCCAACUACUCAAGACAAUGGAUAUCUCAAAAAUGGCUCCUGGAGAUGCUUCAUUCACAGCACCUUUUAAGCUUGUAGCUGAACGUGAUGACUAUAUUCAUGCCCUUGUUGCAUACUUUGAUGUGUCGUUCACAAAGUGUCAUAAAUUGAUGGGCUUCUCUACAGGACCAAAGUCACGAACUACACAUUGGAAACAAACAGUCCUAUAUCUGGAAGACAUCUUGACCAUUUGUGAGGGGGAGGCAAUUGUAGGGAGCAUGACUGUUGCACCAAAUAAAAAGAAUCCCCGCGAUGUUGAUAUAAUGGUUAAGUAUUCAUUGAAUGGAAAGCGAUGCAAUGUUUCAAGGGUUCAGUACUACAAGAUGCGUUGAACCUGAUUUGGUUUAUUGGUUGGCUCAUGCCGUUUGUAAGAUUUUGACAAUUGCUGCUUCUAUCUUAAACUAGAGGCAACCUUCUACUGAGUGUCACAUGUUUGCCUUUUUAUUUGAAUUCUUUCUAAUAUUUGAACAUUAUGUUUCCAUGAAAUGAUAUAAUUUGAAAUCUAUUAUUGUUUACCAUUCUA